GUGAGUGGGAGAGAAAGCAAGUGACAACACUGAAACCAUUAUUUUAACAGGCAUUGUGGGCGUGUCUGAACCCACCCACCAGGGUCCCCAUAUGCUGAGCUUUUAUCAGUAGACAGUGGAAUUAGUCUUCGAAUGCAGAUGGUCAACAAAACAAGCAUUUCACUGUGUUCAAAUUGCAUUUUUCCUUCAUGGAGUCCAAAUGAAGAAUUCUUAGCUCCUUUUUUACUCUUAACCCUAGUUCUUAGUGGUUCAUAGCUUCAUCCCUUUAAAAACUCCAGGAAAAUAGAAUUUUGAGGCAGAUAUUCUAAAAUUUUGACACUUUUGCUCAGUUCAUUAAUACUCUGAGCUGUAGGAAAUAGGCCAGGGACUGGGAUAUGAAUAUUAUGGUGUAGCCUUGGGAACGUUUAAGAGCUGGGGGAGUGGAGGGGAGGAAAGACUCCAAAGUGUGCUAGCAAGAUGGGCGUGGUAAUCCCGCCACUCAGGAGGCCAAGGCAGGAGGAUUGGUGUGAGUCUGAGGCCAACCUCAAGUGUAUAAUAACUUCAAGGCCAUAAUGAGACCCUGUCCCAAGAAAAGAAAGAAAGAAAGGGAAGUGUGCUGGUCCUGUUCCUUGGUGCUCCCACAACACCUUCUGGCUUCUGCCUGUUACACUCUGCAGGAUGAUUUCUGAAGUUGCUCUCCUAUGUGGCACAUUUUAUGUGUUUAAUGUUACUUUCCUGGACCUAAUGAAACUUGGUUUUUACAAUUUAUGGCAUAAUCACCACAGAAGGGUUGGGUCUAAAUAUCCAAAAUACAGAAGGGGCAGAGGGAAAGAGAUUUAGGGGCUGGCUGGGACUCAGGCUAGUAGUACCCUGUGGUAGCUGAAACUAUAAGUGUGACUUAACCUCAGGAGAAUAUGCAGGGAGAAGUGGUUGUGGGUGAACCAUAGAAUCUCAGGGGUAAUGAUUCCCCUGCCUUACUUGAAAAGAGAAAAUACAGUCACUGUUGAAGGAGGAGGCUGUGAGGAGUAUCCAGAGAGUAGGAGGCCAGCCAAGGGAGCUGGUGAUGGAGAAUUCUUAUCUUUCUUAUUAGAGGGAGUAUUGCUGGCAAACCUCUGAGGCUAAAGCUUAAAUAGUUAAACAUUGAAGUUCUCAGGUGAGCUCGUGAUCUGUGGGAGGAAAGGAGGCUGGUGUCUUAUUACUCCUGCUCACAGCAUGCCUGGUAACCUGCUGUUGCUCUGAUGCACAGCUUGUUGUGAGGCAUUGUCUCUGAGGCUCCCGUGGUGUGGUGGCAGCUUGGAGUUAAGAAUGGCCCUCUUUCAGCUCCUUGGCCAGCUGCCGUGGCCUUGGUGGCGUUCCACUCCGGUGGUCAGCCCAGGGCUUCUCCCACCCAUGCAAUCCACAGCUGCCACUGCUGAGGGCUUCAGCAGCCCACUCUUUGAGACCUAUACCCUCCCCACCUUCAAGUUCCAGCCUCGCUGUGAGAGCAUAGACUGGAGGCGUAUUAGUGCUCUGGAUGUGGACCGUGUGGCUCAGGAACUGGAUGUGGCCACUCUGCAGGAGAACAUCACUGGUGUCACCUUUUGCAACUUGAACCAGGAGGUGUGCAGCCGCUGUGGGCAACCUGUGGACCCAGUGCUGCUCAAGGUGCUGCGCCUGGCACAGCUUAUCAUUGAGUACCUGCUACACUGCCAGGAUUGCCUGAGUGCCAGUGUUGCCCAGCUAGAGGCACGGCUGCAGGCCAGCCUGGGCCAGCAGAAGCGUGGCCAGCAGGAGUUGGGCCGCCAGGCUGAUGAGCUCAAGGGUGUACGGGAGGAGAGUCGCCGGCGUCGAAAGAUGAUCAGCACCCUCCAGCAGCUGCUGAUGCAGACAGGUGCCCACAACUACCAUGCGUGCCCCUUGUGUGACAAGACAUUCAUGAAUGCCACCUUUCUCCGGAGCCACAUUCAGCGUAGGCAUGCGGGCGUGGCAGAAGCUGGAAAGCAGAAGCAGCAGGAACAGCCAGCUGAGGAGCUGCUGGAGGAGCUGAGAGCCAAGCUGAAGUGGACCCAAGAGGAGCUGGAAGCCCAGAGGGAGGCUGAGAAGCGGCGCCGGCUCCAGGAAGCAGAGAUUACUCAUCAGAGGGAAAUAGAAGUGAAGAAAGAAUUUGAUGAAUGGAGAGAAAAAGAGCGGACCAAGCUUUAUGGAGAAAUAGACAAGCUAAAACAAUCACUUUGGGAUGAAUUUAAAGCUGUUGCCAAUCAGAACUCUACACUAGCUGAGAAACUGCAGGCUCUGCAGUCCCACAGCGUGACGGAGUCCAAUCUCGGGUCACUGCGGGAUGAGGAGUCUGAGGAACGACUCAGACAGGCACAAGAACUCCAGGCCCUGAGAGAGAAGAUGGAGACUCAGAAAACAGAGUGGAGGAGAAAAUUGAAGGAACUGCAGGAGGAGCGUGUGACAGAGAGGAGAGAGCUGCAGGAGGAGAAUGAGAGGCUGCAGGCCUCUCUGUCCCAGGAUCAGAGGAAGGCAGCCACCCAGGCCCAGCGCCAGAUCAAUACCCUCCGUGCCCAACUGCGGGAACAAGCCAAGCUCAUCGCCUCACAGGAGGAGAAGAUCCAGAACUUGUCCCUCAGGAAGACAGAGCGGAUCCAAGAGAUGCCAAAGGCUGUGGACACAGAGGUGGAUUCUCCUGAGGAAGAGCUGGAGGACUCUGGAGAUGAGCAGCAGCAGGUGCUGGCUGCCCUAAGGCGGAACCCCCCAUUGCUGAAGCAGUUCCGACCCAUCCUGGAGGACACCCUGGAAGAGAAGCUGGAAAGCCUGGGGAUAAAGAGGGAUGCAAAGGGAAUCGCCGUUCAGACUCUCAGACACCUGGAGUCCGUACUGAAAGCCCAGCGGGAGCAGAAGGCCAAGAAGUUUUCUGAAUUUCUGAAUCUGAGGAAAAAGCUCGUCAAAGAAGCCACCAUCAGAGUGAAGGAGAGACAGAGCAGGGAUGUGGUGUCCCAGCUCGAUGGCCAGCCUCCAGUCAAAAGCCAGCGGAGUACACUGCUCACCAGAGAGGUUCGGCCAAAGAGCAGGACCCUGCCUGUGGCAUUGCCAUCCAAGCAGUCAGAGCCAUUCACACCAGCUCUUCAGAGCCACAGCAGCCAUGGCGCUGGCUUGACCCAGGUGUCUGUCCCGACUCCGCGCCCCAGAGGGCACAGACGCUCCAGCACCCCUGCAUCACAGGGCCCAGGACUGAGCAGCACGCCUCCAUUCAGUUCUGAGGAGGACUCAGAGGGAAAGGCUGUGCAUCACGUGUCUCUUCAGACCCCGAAAGUUCCUUCCAAGAUGGUGCCCAAGCAGGAGAAUGACUGGGACUGGUCUGACACUGAGUCCUCGGAAGAGAGCGCCCAGCCCCCUGGCAAGGGCUCAGGUGGCCUGGAUUCCUCUGGAACACUGGUGCAGUCGAUCGUGAAAAAUCUCGAGAAGCAGCUUGAGGCUCCAGUGAAGAAGCCUGCUGGAGGGGUCAGUCUGUUCUUAAGGCCUAACAACGGACCACAGAGGGCUGCUGUUCCAGGAAGGAAGCCUCAGCUUUCUGAAGAUGAGAGUGACUUGGAGAUCUCUUCCUUGGAAGAUCUGUCCCAGGACUUGGACCAGAGACAGAAACCAAAGCCCUUGUUCCGCUCAAAGCUCCUGGAGAAGACUGAUGCCAGUGUUUGGAGCUCUGGCCGACCCAGGGUCCCUGGCUGGUGAUCCUGCCCAGGUCUUGCUGGAAGGGGGCAGCCUUGUAACCUACCUGGGCCACCUUGGAGCACACAUCCCAUCAGGAGAGGCUGCUGGGCUCUUUCUUUCCCUGGCAACCUUCAGGGAAAAGCAGAGCAGGGGCCAGGUGUGACCUUUCCCUCCUCUGCCUUCUGCAGGGAGUCAGGGGUACCUGGCAGGGUACCCUAGUUCCCAAACCUUGAGAAAUGGUUAUAACAGGAAGCCAUGUAGUUUCCACCCUCCAUUUCCAUGUCUACUCCAAACUGAAAAGAGUUAUUCAGUCAUUCUUCUGAUCCUUUUUUUUAAAUUCGCAGGAUUGAUCUGCAGGGUUUCCAGAUACUGUUCCACAUUCAGUUAUUGAGUACCUAUUCUGCUGGGUUCUUCAGCCUCUCAUUAAUGAUUUGGGGUACAGGCAGCAGUGGGGAGGGUGGAGUAUUUACAUCCAGGGUCACUAGGUACUAACAGUGACAGAGAUUGGGGUAUUUUGGGAGCACAGAAGAGGCCAACUUCUGAGAGUUGUGAUAUCUGUAAGCCUUGUUCACGGGUGGGAGGAAAAGAGAGCCCCUUGACUGAGGCUUCAUGUCCCCAAAGGACCGCAGAUUUAAUUUUUAAUAUUAUUUCAAAAAUCAAGACAUGCACAUAGCCACUGUAUUUUUUUUAGUAUGAAAAUAUUAAUUUAUUAUAUGCAAACAUUUAAAUAUAGUAUGAUACAUAUAA